AUGCUUGGAAGGUUUUCAAGGUGUUGGUUUUGCAUUGCUUCUCCUCGACCUUGGCUCUUUAUUGGCCUAGGCAACCCUGGUGAGAAAUAUCAAGGAACAAGGCACAAUGUAGGCUUUGAGAUAAUCGAUGCGUUCGCCGAAUCACAAGGUAUUUCAAUGGAUAAGGUUCAGUGCAAAGCCCUCUUUGGACAAGGUUUCAUUGGCGAUGUGCCGGUUCUCCUUGUGAAGCCACAGACAUAUAUGAACUUGAGUGGGGAAUCCACUGGACCACUUGCAGCAUAUUUUAAGCUACCAAUGAAUCGUGUGCUGGUGUUUUUUGAUGACAUGGAUUUGCCUUGUGGAGUGCUUUGUCUACAACCCAAAGGAGGAUAUGGAAGUCAUAAUGGAUUUUCUGCUUUUCACUCACUUAGUGGGUUGUUUAUUUUCAGUUAU